AUGAGUGUCAUAAAAGAAGUGAAAGCUGAACUUCGACACUUUAUGAAGACUUGUCUCGAGAAGGUUUCAGCAGAAGAAACAAAGCAACAGAGUGAGGCUGUUUGUAGAAAAGUUACCGAUUCGAAAUGGUUUCAAGACAGCAAGAGAAUCUCGAUUUACGUCAGUACAACUGGUGAAAUUCAAACUGAUUCCAUUAUAGAUACAGCUCUGAAAAUGGGAAAAGAAGUUUUUAUUCCACAAUUUACAAAAGGGUCAACUGCAAUGGAGAUGGUCCGUCUUCCAGAUCAAAAAUCAUUUUAUUCGCUUCCAUCUACUUUGUGGGGAAUUCGUCAACCGGAUCCUAGUUGGACAUGGGAAAGUUAUCACAUUUCUGGGCCCCUCGACCUAAUUCUUGCUCCUGGAGUUGCAUUCACUCCAGAUGGUCUUCGAUGUGGACAUGGAAAGGGAUAUUAUGAUCGAUUCUUCUCAACUCAUUCUUCCAAUUUUCCAUUGAAAUCCCCACUGAGAAUUGGAUUGGCUCUUCGUCAGCAAAUAAUUAAAAAUAUUCCAGUUUCUGAAACUGAUAUUCAACUAGAUGAUGUCAUUUAUGAAGGGGAGAAGAUAGUUACAGAUGGAUUUAUGGAAAUAUCGAAGUGA